AUGAAUGACACUGUGAACACAAUAAAUACUACUGUGAAUACAAUGAAUGAUACUGUGAAUACAAUGAAUAACGCUAUAAACAAUAAUGAUAUUAGUCUUGGUAAUAUUUCAAAUAAUUCUAUUUUUGCUUCAGAAGCAGAUUCUACACAAACUGAGACAACACAAUUAUUAUAUACUGGAGGACGACCCAAAGAGGAUAUUUGGUUUAAAUUUGAUAUUAUUAACUAUAAAAAAAGUAAAUAUAAAGAGGCACGAU